GAAACAUCUAGUGGUUGCCUCCCAUACGUACCCUGACUCUGGAUCGAAUCUACAACCUCAGUAUGUGCUCUGACCGAGAGUCAAAACCCAUGUGACCCCUGGUGGGAGCGGGUGGCUAGGGCCCCGAACCUGCCUGGCUGCUACUGGGCAGCUGGCUGGCAUCAGUGAGCCGUUUUCAUCUCUGGGGAACGGGGUUCCUUGUGCUUGGAGGAAGUCGCAGACGCCUUUUAGGGAAGCUCCGAGUCCUGCCCCUAGGUGACACCUAGUGACAGUAUAGGCAUCUUCAGGGGAAUUUGUAGGCUCCGUGUGCUCUGAAGCGUAAUGUGCUUAGAAACGGAUCUUGGAAGGUUAUUUUAGGUGACCUGGUUCUAAUUGAGGGAAAAAAGAUGACACAUCUAAAAAUGGUGGUCCGCCCCCCGCCCCGUGCUGGUUAGGAUACUGCAGAGAGGCGCUUACAUACCCCGCUGCCCGCCGCCUGGAAAACAGCUUGGUGGCGCGAGCUGGCAUGUUUCACAGGCUCACAUCCUGUAACUCAGCAAUCCUGCCUCUCGGGAACUCCCCAUACAUCCCUUGAAAAGGGGGGGACACUUUGUGCACAGGAUGGUGGUUAGAGUGUCUGGCAGUGUCCUGCAUGAGGGUUGGAGGCUGGGGAUGUAGAUAAAGGAAAUGAUGGCAUGUCCGUGAGGCAGGGUUCCCGGGAUGUGGCCGUACACUUACACCUGUGAAUCAUGCUCAUAACAUACAGGAAGCGCUGUGGUUCUAACGCAUGGAAAGAGGAGGAUGUGAACAGUGCUCUCAAAUGAGCAUGCAGUUUAAAGUGCAAUGUGUGGAGGGAACAUGUACCUGUAAUAACAGCUGUUGCUCGUGGUGGGAUUCAGGGCUUUUUGUAGACGUUAUUUUUCUGUAUAUUUUCUUGUUUCCAGUAAAUAGUUCUGGAAUUAGGGGGGAUGGGAUUCUGGGAAAAUGAUAGAAUGUGGAGAUAGUUUGGCAAUGGCGACCUAGCUGGUUAAGGUCUUGUUUUGUGUAAGUGGAGAAUUGACAUUUAUUGAUUUCAGAGUGAGGAAGGGAGAGAGAGAGAGAGGGACAGACAGACAUUGAUGUGAGAGAGAAACAUCGAUUGGUUGCCUCCCUUAUGCGCCCCGUCCGGAGAUCAAAUUUGCCACCCAGGUGUGUAUGUGCCCUGUCUGGGAAUUGAACCCGCUACCUUGUGGUGUACGGGAUGGCGCUCCAGCCCACUGAGCCAUCCGGCCAGGGCUUGCCCUCUGACUGCGAUGAUGUCUUUGGACUGGAUGUCAGUAUGGCCACGGGGAGGCCUGGCAUCUGGGAACUGGCUGAGGGUCAUGAGCCCCGGCAGAUGCGGUUCCCGGUGCCGGUGCCGGUGCCGGUGCGGGGGCACACAGCUCCCGCCUGCACUGCGCUGCGCCUCGCCGGCUCUUCCUCUGGUGGAAGCUCUUCGGGAACAAGCCCUGGGGGGCAGCGUGAGGACCCAGCACCCCUCCCCAGGCGCUGCAGGCGGCCCGCGUUCCCCUCCGGAGCAGAGGCCGGAGCCGCAGCCCGGGGGAGGGACGGUGGCACAGGAGCCGCUGACGCCGUUUUGUGCUGACGCUUCUCAGGGGCCCAGUGUAAGCGAACGCCCGGGACUCUGCUCUCACCUGCCUGCCCUCUUCCCGGCACUGACCACACGGCUCCAUCUGGGAAAUGGAAGCCGCUUCUGACUAACUUCUCUCUUCAGGAUUCACAGAUGGAGUCACUGGAAAAGACAACACACAGAAGUGAACAAAAGUCCAGCAGAAAGUUUUUAAAAAGCCUCAUCCAGAAACAGCCGCAGGAGCUGCUGCUGGUGAUCGGCACGGGCGUGAGCGCGGCCGCGGCCCCCGGCAUCCCCGCCCUCUGCUCCUGGCGGAGCUGCCUGGAGGCCGUCAUCGAGACAGCGGAGCAGCUGGACGUGCUGCACCCCGGGGACGCGGCCCAGUUCCGCCGGAAGGUGGUGAAGGACCGGGACCUGCUGGUCGUUGCCCACGAUCUGAUCCGGAAGAUGUCGCCGGACUGCCUGAUGGAGAUCUUCGACAACCUGGAGCAGCACCUCCAGCACCCGCAGGUGCUGCAGUCCAUCCUCAGCCUGAUGGACAGGGGCACCAUGGUGCUGACCACCAACUACGACAACCUGCUGGAGAUCUUCGGGCAGCAGCAGAACAGGCCCAUGGAGUCCCUGGACCUGAAGGACAAGACCAAGGUCCUCCAGUGGGCACGAGGGCACAUCAGGUACGGAGUGCUCCACAUCCACGGCCUCUACACGGACCCCUGUGGGAUGGUCCUGGACCCCUCGGGAUACAAGGACGUCACGCAAGACCCGGAAGUGAUGGAGGUGUUCCAGAGCCUGUACCGCACCAGGUCCUUCCUGUUCGUGGGCUGCGGGGAGACCCUGCGCGACCAGAUCUUCCAGGCACUCUUCCUGUACUCGGUGCCCAACAAGGUGGACCUGGAGCACUACAUGGUGGUGCUCAAGGAGAGCGAGGACCACUUCUUCAAGCACCAGGCCGACAUGCUGCUGCACGGCAUCAAGGUCGUGUCCUACGGGGCCUGCUUCGACCACUUCCCGGGGUACGUGCAGGACCUGGCCACGCAGAUCUGCCGGCAGCGGAGCCCAGAUGCUGACCGAGCGGACAGCACCACGCUGGGGAGUGGGUGCCAGGACUGCGCCAAGAGGAAGCUGGAGGAGAACGGAAUUGAAGCUUCUAAGCAGCUCCGGCCCUCAGACGAUGCUGGCGCAUCUUGAAAUCUUUAAAACCGACAAACCUGCAACUUGAAAACCAGCCUUCUGUGACCACAGUGCCGUAGCGGACGAUGAGGAAUGUUCGAGGACUCGCACGGACCUCUCACUUCUAACCGUCAUGUACCCCACGAGAGCCCUGUGGGGUGUGGCCGUGGAGGCGGGGGGACAGUCCCACUGCUCGGGGUGAAGCACACACCUCAGGUAUCCUCCGUGAGGACUGGCGGACAACUACCUCAGGGCCCGACGGCAGGAAGGGAGGGGCCUGGUGCCCCGGGCUCCCCAACACACCCGAGGUCAGGUGGGCUUCCUAAUAAAGGGGACAGAGGAGACUACAAGCAACAGUAGUUGCCAAAGAGAAAAGAAACUAGACUCUUAAAUUUUACAAUUUUUAUGCGGAAACAUGUUACCAUAGAAAAAACUUUUAAGGUAUGUUUGUUACGUUGUUAAGUAAAGAAUGUUCGAGGUGUUGAAUCUGCCAGUGAGAGUGAUACGUCUUUUAAAAGAAUGUCUGGAUCAGUAGGGCUUCUUUGGAAUGCCGUAAUUGUAGGAACUUAGUUCCAAAGAACGGCUGGUCCGUCCCUGAGGCGUUAGAGCAUCCUCACGAAGAACCAGAGGUCUCUUUUUUAUAGAGGGAGGGAGGCAGGGAGAAGCAUCGAUUGGUUGCCUUCCGUUAGUACCUUUAAUAGGGAUUAACCCUCAGCCUUCUGCACAGGAUGGUGCUCUAACCCACUGAGCCGCCGGCCAGGGCAGAGGGCCUUUCCAGUGGUGCAGUGCAGGGCGGUGCAAGUCCGCCUUGAGGCUGAUAACUGAGAAGUUACAAGUGGAGCAGAGCAGGUUUUAAACUUGCAGUUAGAGUAUCAACCCCAAGCUUUCCAAGUCUCCCACCUCCCAACGUUCUCUGCCAUGGCACACGACGGGGCACAGCGUGAGGCAGGCCGGCCUGGGGAAGGGGCUGCCGCACCCGUGUCUUGCUUCCCUGCUGGCAGGCGCUCAGCUGCCGGCAGUGCUGGGGCAGAGGGCGCAGUGGGUGGUUGCUCUGUGACUGUGGCAAAGGCCCUGCUCAGUCUGCUUUAGAGGCUGCCUGCUUGCAUGUGACACUUCUGGCCAGGCACGAUGACUCUCCCCACUGACGGCGCUGGAACUCCCACAGGCACAAAGAACUAGAAACGUUAGGUUGGGACGUGGAGGCAGAGAUGAGCUGGACCUGCUAAGACCUUUGUCUGCUUUCAAAAGCAUGAAAAACAAAUCCUUUAUGCUACUCUGGUCAUAAAACUUUCACUUCAACUCUGUGUGCUCAACUUUUCUCCAGUUAUGACAAGGCUUGUUUUAAUUUAUUCAAGGAGGAUUUUUACCAUGAGUUGCCACUCAACUGUGAAAUCAAGUGAUUACUUGAAUGUGUUUAGUGUUUGAAAAGCAAACAUUAGACAUUGUUUUUUUAAAGACUCACAAAGUGCGAUCAGGGAUGGAUGUGUCUGAAGGCUGGGCAGACAUGGGAGAGUGACGUGGAAGGAGGGACGCCUGGAAAAGCGAGGCGAGGCAGGGCCCGCUCAGGACCAGCUCCAAGUGCCACUCCGAGUGCCAUGCCGGGGCGGAGGCCUUGCCGUGAGGAGUGAGCCUGUCUGUAGUCAGUUCUGCCGUAACCCUUGUGUAAAAUGCAGACUUAAAGCAACAUGACUGAUGAAUGAGGAACAAUUUGCGCACACCUGCUUUGCGCAUGUAAGGCUCUGUCCGUGGGAAACUAGGUCAACUACCCUUCCACCACUGGACCCGACGAUGCCCACUACACAACCCGACUUCUGGGCAUUUUCAAGAUAAAGUGCCAUGUGUGCUGUAAUAUUUGUGUGGUUCUUAACCAUGUAAUAUGUGUAAACUAGCUGUUAUCUGG